AUGGGUCGCAAACCCAACCAACUCAUCCUCGAGUUCUUCCACCGGGGUCCCAAGCUGGAAGACGCGAGCAAUCGCUACCAACAUACUUGCAAAGCCUGCGGCGAGGUAUUUCCCAAGGGUCGCAUUGACAGCCUCACCAACCAUCUGGUAAAAAAAUGCCAGGCAAUUCCCCUACGCGACCGCCAACGCGUCUUGUUGCGACUCCACGAACUCCCCGACUUGACCGACGGAGACUCGAACAAGGAUUCCCCUUCUGGAAAUAAAGGCAAGUCUGCUGAUGGUGGAUUUCCCAACCGACAGAACUUCGACGGCCUCAAUGUGUUGGCCGAGGCCUCGCGACAGGUGGGCGCUUCGGACGUGACCAAGCGCGGACCGGGAUACACUCAGUCUGUCACAGCUGGAGGCAAGACUGUGAUUGUUGAUCCCGCGCUUGAAGCGGAGGGAUUCCAGGGACAUUCACAAACAACUGACUCCAAGAUGGAGGGUACAGCAAAUGCCGAAGGAACUCCCCAAUCAUCCAAUGCCCCUAGUAUUCCUGCCCUUCCAAGUCACACUCCGGGCGAGCAUCCGUCAUCCAUGUCUCCGCCUCUUGGCGAUGCGUCCAUGUCGCCUGAAUCUGCCUCGAAUGCGCGCCAGUCACAGCUGUCGAUGAUUGCAGCUUCUGCCAAUGAAAUGGUCCCCCAAGGAAUGUCGAUUGACAGUGACAACCUCAGCUCUGAUAUGAAGCUGGGCCAAUGGCAGCAGCUGUCCACACACGAGCAGCUGCUUUUCGACAGCCUGCAAGAGCAUGACCCUUCGUUGACUGCUGCCACCCAGCGUGCAGCAUCUUACCCCCGCCCCAUUGCCAUGAACCCAAAUACCCAGGCAAAGGGGUUUGUGAACGAGUUUGGUAACUCAACCAAGCCCAUGAAGCCCAAGGUGCGGGGACGUUUCACUGCAGAGCGACGCCGUGAAGUCCAAGACGUGCGGAAGAAGGGUGCAUGCCUUCGUUGCCGAAUGCUCAAGAAACCUUGCUCUGGCGAUACCCCUUGCACAACUUGCGCUAGCGUGGAGAGUGCUCGUCUAUGGAAGCACCCGUGCCUGCGUACCCGACUUUCUGAUGAGUUUGAACUUUACAAUGCUAAUCUCAAUUCGACACUUGCCUACCAUGACACCAACAGCAUUAAAAACCAAAUCAAAUUUGAACACUACUCCGGUCGCAUCGAAGUUACCCACUUCGAAGAGAGUAACUCUUUCAUGACUUUCAGUGGACUGCAGGGACACCGCACUUCAGUGUCUGCACUUGACCCUCAGUUGCAAGCCCUUGGAGAUGACCAGUUCUCUGGUCCUUCGCAAGAAGUCUACCUCCUGGACGCCGACUCGGAUGACAUCCCAAGCAAGUUGGAGAUGUACAUCAAGAAGAAUGCUUCUUACUUCUACGAGCGAGAGACGUCACCUUUCAUGAAGCCCACUCUGCUUCUUGCUGCUGAACUCAGCCAGGGAAAGAAGGAUAUCCUUCUGGAACGCGUAUUGGAGCUGUGGGUCGCGACCCAUAUUCUCGUCGAUACAGAACUCACCUGGAAAACUUACUACAACCCUACUCUGCCCCCGAACUCGUUGCAUUCUCUUUCUCAGCCAUCGGACGAGGGCCGUCUGCCCAUCGAGGAGGUGUCUGACCCAGAGUCAUACGGACUUCUCUGCAGUCAGUUGCGCGCCGCUAUGGAGAAGCGUGCCUCGCAGCUGAGCAAGUUUGUCAUCAAUGAUUUGGAGCGUCGACUCCUUCAGCGCCAGAAGUGUGGCUGGUUCGAUACUUACAUUGUUGCUAUUAUCCUCUUGAACUGCGUGGAGCGCACCUGCUGGCUGUUCCGCUCAUGGGACAACGAGAACUUUUCUCAGCGCUGGCCCCUUGACAAGCGUCCCCCUUACUACUUCAACCAGUCUGACCGCUUCGCCGACAUCCUAGAGAUGCUCUUGCGCAUGCGCCACAUUCCCCCCAAGGCCACUUUCCGCCCAGACAAUGGUAUUCUGAAGGCAGUCGACGGUAGCGACGAGCACGCCGUCCGCUGGUUUGAUAUGAUUCAAAUUACCCCCUACUUUAUCGAAGAACGCAAGAAUGCCGUCUUCGACCCAUCCGACUCACGCUCUCUGGAUUGCCACCAUAGUGCCAGUCUCCUUGAGCCUAACAAUGCCACCUAG